CACUCCAAGGAGAAAAAAUAAGGGAAUGAGACUGCCCUCUCUACUCCGCUCACUCCACACCCACUUCCACUCCCACGCCCUCUUCCCACCUCCCUCACCCACCACCGCCACCACCCACCUCCGCCCCAUGGCCACCGCCUCCUCCACCACCGCAGACCCAAUAAGCCCAUCCAACACCCGCCUGGGCUGGAUCGGCACGGGCGUGAUGGGGCGGUCCAUGUGCGUCCACCUCCUCAAGGCCGGCUACGCCCUCACCCUCUUCACCCGCACCCGAUCGAAAUCCCAGCCCCUCCUAGACCUCGGCGCCGCGUGGGCCCCGUCCCCUGCCCUCGUCGCCGCCCAAUCCGACGUCGUUUUCUCCAUCGUCGGCUACCCCUCCGAUGUCCGCCACGUCAUCCUUCACCCCGACUCCGGCGCCCUCGCCGGCCUCGCACCCACCGGGACCCUCGUCGACAUGACCACCUCCGACCCCUCCCUCGCAGCCGAGAUCCACGCCGCCGCCGCCACCAAGUCCUGCUCCUCCGUCGACGCCCCCGUCUCCGGCGGCGACCGCGGUGCCAGGGACGGAACCCUGACCAUCUUCGCCGGCGGCGAGGAACAAACCGUUAACCGCUUGAAACCCAUCUUCUCCCUCCUCGGGAAAGUCAACUACAUGGGUGGGCCGGGGAAGGGGCAGUUUUGUAAACUGGCUAACCAGAUCACCAUUGCUUCAACCAUGGUGGGGUUGAUAGAGGGUUUGAUAUACGCACACAAAGCCGGUUUGAAUCUGGGUUUGUAUCUGGACGCGAUUGCGACCGGGGCAGCCGGGUCAAAAUCGUUGGAUUUGUACGGGAAGAGGAUACUGGACCGGGAUUUCGAACCCGGGUUUUUCGUGAACCAUUUUGUGAAGGAUUUGGGGAUUUGUUUGAAGGAGUGUCAGAGUAUGGGGCUGGCUUUGCCUGGGCUGGCAUUGGCUCAGCAGCUUUAUAUCUCGCUUAAGGCUCAUGGGGAGGGGGAUUUGGGCACCCAGGCGCUGGUUUUGGCGCUCGAGCGGAUGAAUAACAUGUCACUUGAGUCUGUGAAAGAGAAGGCUUGAGACUGGUAAUAGUGAGAAAAACUUGAUCUUAAUUUGGUAAUUUGGAAUUAGAUGUGUAUGGUUUUCAAUAUUUGGGUUUUGAAUGAAUUGGGUUGUUGGAAAAGUGUAUAUAUUGAUAUAUUUAAGAUGAUAAAUAUGAGCAAUGAUAACAAUAAGGUUUUAGUU